CGACUUGUUAAGAAAAGUGGUGUCAAUCGCUAUGAACCCAUAUAACACAUCACGUGGCCGGUCAAUGACCAUGAUCAUACCAGUUGUAUAUAUUGAUAGAAGUCAUUAGAAAUUACAUAAUAAUAUGUAUUAAAUAAAAAGAAAUACUUAGAACAAAAUGACAUUAUCCAAUGAUUAUGAUGAUCAAAUUUCCGAAAAGACUGAUAUAAAUAUUGGAUCGCCUAAUUUGGAAUCGUUAUAUUGUUCACAUCUUUGGUCAAACAGUAAUUUACGUAGAGCAAUCAUAAGUUCGCCAAAAACAGACAAAAAAGAAAUAAAAUAUUGCUAUACGUGCAAAGGAAAAAUAAGAAGAUAUGAAUUAAAUCAUAAUUUUGUACCAAAUGAUCAUUCCACUCCUAACAAAACAGAAAGAGACAAUAAACUGCCACGUAAUGAAACAUAUGAUAAUUGUUUUGGAGAAAGCUCUCAACAUUUUAAUGACACAAACUUGACUACGAAAAGAGAAAAAGAAAACGCUGAACCUGAUAAAGAAUGCAUUCCAUCAAUUUCUCAACAGAUUGAUUCUAGUUUUCGACAAAAGUUUACUUCAUAUGAAAUGCACCCAAAUGAGAAUAAUCAAAGAAGGCUUAGAAAAAGUCUAAAGGGUAUAAGAUGCAUUGUUAAUUUCUCGCUAACCGAGAGCCCAAUGAAAAAAAGAACACAAAUACAAGCCUGCUCAAUUAGUUUAAUGAUAGUAGCUAUUAUAGGCAUAAGUUUUGUCUUGGUAAAUUUUACGUCUCCUAAUUUUACACGAGCAACUAAUGUAGAUAGUACAAUUGUAGUGCCAAUUAAAAAUAUAAAAAUUAAUCAAAGUUCUUCGACAGAAACAAAUUUCUAUUCUGAUCCUCAUCUAUUAACAGAAGUAAGCACUACAGAAUAUGUGACAACUACGGAACAUUCAAUAUAUACAACAGAAAACAUAUCGUUGAAAUCUAGUAUCAUAUCCAAAAUACGUAAGAACAUCAGAACCUAUCCAAAAGACGGAAAAAGGGAACGAGAAAGCCAGAAACCAAAGGACAUUAUUAAUAGAGAUUUAUCAGAAAGGUUUUGUUCGUGCCAAAGUAAUGAAGUUUGUAUGUUGGAUGAAAAUAGUGGAACCUCAAUUUGUAAAAAAGCAAUAGACAUCGAUGAUCCUACGGGAUGCGGUGGGUUGUGCGCUCUUGAAACAGAAGCAUGUAAACUAGUGGACAGGGUACGAGGAGUGCGUGUCUGCAGACUGCUGACAUUGGCGUCAUGUUCCCCUGAAGAAUGGCGUUGCAGGAACGGUUUAUGUGUAAAAGCUGAAGCACGAUGCGAUGGCUCAAUACAAUGUUAUGACCGAUCCGACGAAUUGCAUUGUGAUUGUGAUUUAACCAAACAAUUUCGAUGUGGACAAUCAAUAUCAUGUUUCUCAAAUACCAAAAUGUGUGAUGGUGUCAUCGAUUGCUGGGACGGCUACGACGAAGUUAACUGCACUGCUGAGUGUCCAAAAGAUCAGUUCACUUGCACCGAUGGGCAGUGUAUACUGGCGUCUAGAUUUUGCGAUGGUUUCGCCGACUGCACAGACGGAAGUGACGAGCCGCACGGCUGUGACGGCGACUGCAGCGCUCACGAGCUCCGCUGCGGCAACCACCGCUGCGUGCCCACCACCGCGCGAUGCGACGGCCACGAUAACUGCGGCGAUUCUACAGACGAAUUGCACUGUUCCUAGCACUGCGAAAGUGUUUUUUUUUACUUACUUUCUACUAAGUAUAACUCAAUUUGUCUUGAGCGGUGUCGCUGUGUUAGGUUGUUGAAGCAUUUGUCACUUAAUUUACGCGUGUUCCUAUAUUAAUUUUAUGCACUCUUCAUUUGGGGUUUAAAAGGAGCUUAUUUAUUUUCUACGUUUGCUGUGUUUUGCUGGCACAGUUUAGAGGAGGACCACUUGACCUGACACAUUUAAAAGUCACAUUAUUAGAAAUUUAAGUGUGAACCUAUACUUAUUAAUUUAUUUAAAACAGUUCAGUU